AUGGAUGCCCACACUACAAUAGAUAGUUUUCUUAAGGGCCUGUUAACUACUAACAUACUUUCAUUAACGGAUUUCCAAAAUUUAAUCAAGAACGAUCAUAGAUUCAAUCAACUUUCUGAUGAUAGUAUAGAGAAAUUUUACAACUUAUAUAAAGCAAAGGAUAUUACGUAUGGGAAUGACUUACGUCGGAAUAUUAACCAACUUGUUGAGCCAUUAAGGGAAACCAAUCUGGAGGACCUAAAGCAGAAUCAAUCUAAUAGUUCAUAUUCUUUGGAAGAUAUGAUUAUUGGAUUGUAUAAAGUUGGAGCACUAUUGGAAACUAGAACUAAUGUUAUAAACGGAAGAAUUGAAGAAGAAAUAGAAGUACUUAAAGGAUUUUAUAAAGUUGCUGGUGUUGACUCAAAUUCAAUACCAUCAAAUAGAAAUAUAUUACAAAUGUUAGAAAAUUAUAGAUGUAUUCUUGAAGAGUUGGAUGACAAAGACACUCAACAACAAGUUGACUGA